CUGGAACCGCCAUCACACACCAUUACAGUCACCACGACACCCCAUCUCCACAGUCCGGCGUCUAUCAGUCCGAGAUGAGGUGUGUUCUGGUAGAAGUUCGGAAGGUGGCAGUUGAUUCCCAUGUGAUCUGCACCGAGUCCACGAUGAGAGUAGAGGUUGAGAAAUCUUCAUUCCAUGGACUCCAUGAGGAUCAUUUGCGGCUCAACGACGGCGCCAACACCGCCUGCAGGCUGCACUCCAACAGCACUUACGUCUUCGCCGACAUCCCCCUCAGCGGUUGUGGCACUGAGCUCGAGGAAGACGGGGAUAACCUCAGGUUCAAGAAUGAAAUCACCACGUUUGACAACAGAGCCGACGUGAUCACCAGGAAACACCUGCUGGAGGUGCAGUUCUACUGCCAGUACCCCAAACGUGGAAACGCGACACUGGCCUUCACAGCACACAGGCCCAUCGUCUCAGUGUGGGACAGGGGCUUCGGCAGGUUCACCUACCAGUUUGAGUUCUAUGCUAACGACCAAUACCAAGCCAUGGUUGAUCCAACUUCAUACCCGGUGGUGUAUGAAAUAGGGAGCAGGGUCUACAUGCAGAUAGAGGCCACCUCCUCCGUCAACAACACCGUGCUGUUUGUGGAGUCCUGCAGAGCUUCACCAUAUGACAACCAGAACUCCCAGCAGACCUACUCCAUCAUUGAGAAUGGGUGUAAAGAGGACCCGACCGUUCAGAUCCAUUCCCCCUCCCACCCGAGACAAUUCAGGUUCAGCAUGAAGGCCUUCAAGUUCAUCGGCAUGUAUGAUCAGGUGUACAUCAGCUGCACAGUCCUGAUGUGUGCAGCAGGGGAACCCAACACCAGGUCCUCUCAGGGAUGCAUCAGCUCCACAACGCCAGCCACUUGGCCUCAAAACCACCACCGCAGAAAGAGAGAGGUUCGCGUGGAGAGUGCCAGGCACUUCGUUUCCCAGGGUCCCCUGCGCUUAAAGAGAUCAGCGGAGAGCAGCGAAAGCUCAGCGCUCCACCUGAAUCUGAACCUGGUGUUCAUCGCUG